UCACCACUGGCUUAAUUUCUUGUUCUAUUGAAGCCCCCUCCCAUAGUCCUAGCCGACGCUUUUGCUAGCUUCUCUCUAUUCUUCUUCGUUGGUUUAUCUGUACCGAUUAAUCAACAUGGGAGAGGCUGUUGAAAUUUUCCAUAUAAACAGUUUCUUGUCAUCAAAAUUUGAUCAUCAUGACGACGUACUCAUCAAAAGCAACGUUAAUGGUAACAUCAACCAUGAAGAUAUAGAUGGUUCUGGUAGCUGGUACGAAGAGACCAUUGACGAUGAUCUGAAAUGGUCAUUUGCUCUUAAUGGUGUGCUGCACAAGGGGGUAAGCGAGUUUCAGGAGAUAGCUUUAUUGGAUACCAAGCGUUUUGGCAAGGUACUGGUGAUCGAUGGGAAGAUGCAGAGUGCAGAAGUGGAUGAGUUUAUUUAUCAUGAGUGCUUAAUACAUCCUGCUCUUUUAUCUCAUCCAAAGCCUAAGAAUGUGUUCAUCAUGGGAGGUGGGGAAGGAUCAGCUGCAAGAGAAGCCCUUAAGCACAAAUUACUUGAAAAAGUGGUUAUGUGUGACAUAGAUCAGGAGGUGGUUGAUUUCUGUCGCAGGCAUUUGACAGUGAACCGGGAAGCGUUUGCUCACGAUAAGCUUAACCUUGUUAUCAAUGAUGCCAAGGCUGAAUUGGAAAAGAGCUCCGAGAAAUUCGAUAUCAUAGUGGGAGAUUUAGCAGACCCGGUUCAAGGAGGGCCUUGUUAUCAGCUUUACACAAAAUCCUUCUACGAGAAAGUUCUCAAACCCAAGCUUAAUCAUGGUGGCAUUUUUGUGACCCAGGCUGGACCAGCAGGCAUUUUCACCCACAAGGAGGUCUUCACCUCUAUAUUCAACACCAUCAAACAGGUCUUUAAUUAUGUUGUAGUUUAUGCAGCUCAUGUACCUUCUUUUGCGGAUACAUGGGGAUGGGUCAUGGCCUCGGAUGAACCUUUCUCUAUGAAUGCUGAGAAAAUGGACAGAAAAAUAGAGGAAAGAAUCGAUGGGGAGUUAAACUAUUUGAAUGGUGCUUUGUUCAUGUCCUCUGCAACCAUGAACAAAACUGUUUCUUCAUCGCUUUCCAAUGAAACUCAUGUCUACACUGAGGAAGAUGCAAGGUUUAUUCAUGGACAUGGGGUUGCUUACUGCAACUAGUUGCGGUCUCAAGAGUCUAUAAGUUGGGGGAAAUUUCUGUACAGCAAAAGAACAAGCAUUGCAAAAUGCAUGGAAAUUAAACUACUUAAGUUGUCAUUGAAUUUGUCCACCUAAAAAAGUAGAAGAAGAAAGAAAAGGAAAGUCAGCAAUUGUUUGAAGCAUUUGGUUUUAGUUUUGCACAAACUAUGUUAGCUUCAUUGGGUUGUUAUAGGGUUCAAAGUGAAACUUUGGCUAAACUUAUUAAAUCUUUUAUUAUGAAUGAAACAUGAUUGAGGCAUUGCUUCAUUUCCAUACUUAA